CCGCGCGUCGUAUUCAUAACGAAUCGCCUCGUCAAGGAAUCCAAAAGCCACGAAACGUGGAGCAGAAAAAGCUCGUUUGUUUUCGAGUUAUUUCAAGUUUUUUUUAAAAAAAAAAAAAAAAAAAAUAGAACAUUGGCAGUAUUUUAAUUUUCAGCGCAAUCUAUUGUGCAUCAGCUUUGCCUUUAAUUGUUCAUUAGGUGAUGCUGCUAUCUCUGAUAUAACACAAGGAUUUGCAACAUGCCGCCAAAGAAGCGACUUCUAGACAGGUUGCUGAGGUCAAGUCGGUCAACAGGAGACGCGGAAGGAGCACCAGCAAAGUCCGGAAAGGCGCAUUUGGAGGGCUCCUCCGAGGAGGUUGCCGAGGGGACGCGUGUCAAGAGGAGGAAAAGAGCAGAAGCGAAGGAAUCUGCUGAAGAGAAGGGGAAAGCCAAAGACGUCCUCGCUGGGAAAAGAGUGUACUGCCACUGGCUGAUGAAGUCCGAGCCCGAGAGCCGGCUGGAAAAUGGCAUCGACGUGAAGUUCGGGAUCGAGGACCUGAAGGCGCUUCCCAAUCAAACGGGAUGCUGGGAUGGGGUUAGAAACUACCAGGCCCGAAACUUCAUGAAGGACAUGAAGGUAGGCCAGGUGGCCUUCUUCUACCACAGUAACUGUAAGGAACCUGGAAUUGUGGGACUCAUGAAGAUUGUCAAGGAGGCGUAUGUUGAUCAUACCCAGUUUGACAAGACGGAUGUCCAUUAUGAUGCCUCCAGCAAAGCCGAAAAUCCAAAGUGGUACAUGGUGGAUGUGCAGUUUGAGCGGAUGACCAAGCGCUUCCUCUCUUUGGCCGAGCUGAAGAAAUACCACAUACGGCACAAGGCUGAGGGCGGCGCCCUGCGGGACUUGGCCCUGUUCACCAGAGCCCGUCUGUCUGUGCAGCCCUUGACUGCUGAAGAAUUUGACUUCAUCCUAAGCCUGGAGGACAAAGACCCAAUUUAAGGAAGGAGACCUGCAUCCAGUUGCCAUGUCUCCCUUCUGAUGAAGGUGCUCUCAUUCCUGAUACAGGGGGCUAGGUGCAGCAGGGUAGGGGAUGCGAUCUUUUCCUGGAAGCCCAGGUGUUCUCCACCACUGUAUUGGUCAUUUUACAAUACAACUUU